AUGGGGGCAGGAAUUUUCGUGCUCACCGGUGAGGCGGCCAGGAAUCUUGCUGGCCCUGCAGUUGUAAUCUCUUACUUGAUAUCGGGACUUUCGGCAUUGCUCUCAGUUUUGUGCUACACUGAGUUUGCUGUGGAGCUUCCGGUGGCUGGAGGCUCAUUUGCCUAUCUUAGAGUGGAGCUUGGUGACUUCAUGGCCUAUAUUGCUGCAGGGAACAUUUUAUUUGAGUGUAUAGUAGCCGGUGCAUUAGCACUGAUUGUUAGGCGGUACUACGUUACGGGUGAAACAUCAGCAACAGACAGAAACAAACUCAUUGGUUUCUUGACACUAAUCAUAGGUGCAUCAAUUGCAUCUGCUGGGUAUUGGGUACUUAGCAACGGUGGCUGGAUUGGUUACGUAGUUGUUGAUGUCAUAAUUUGGUUCGACAAAUACUUUUGA